CAGACUCGGAUGCGGGAUGCCUCAUCAUCACUCCAUGAUCUAAUCGAACAACGCACGCACGCAGCGCCGGCGUCGCCCACGGCACAUCCAUUGCUCAGUCCACUCCGCCGUCCACCUUGAAGUCGUCUUUACUCUUCCCGAUCCGUCAGCCACCGAUUGGUCGUCAGGAGGCGGCGAUGGCGUCCCAGGACGACGGGUGGGGAGGCGGCGAGGACGGCAGCUCGCUCUUCGAGGGCAUGGUCCUCUUCGCGCCAGAACCCGCCGCCGCCGAGGACUCGGUCCCUACCCCCGCCCCUGUCCCUGAGCUGACAUCCGCCGCUCGCCCCGACGCCGACGCGGCUUCGUCCGCGCCGCCGCCGCUCGACGAGGACCUCUUUUCCGACCUCACCCUCCUCGCUCCGCAGGAGCCGCUCUCGCUCGAGCAGCCGCCCCCACCCCCGCAAGGCGAGGAUCGGAGCCACGCGGCGCUUGCUCCCGCGCCGCCAGCAGCCGCUGCGGAGCUCUCCCGGCAGCCGUCCUCCUCAUCGCUACGCAAGAAGAAGCGGGCCGUGCGCAUCGGGUACGGCCGCUUGCCGCAGCCCGCGCCGCCUUCCCCUCCUGCCUCCGCAGCUGCUGCCGCGAUCUCCGCUAGCAGUAUUUCCUUCCUGGACGCUUCGCCGCAUGCGGCCGUCACUCGCAUCCUCGACCAGCUCCCUGAUCGGCAAGUCGAUGUCUAUGCCAACGGCUACGAGGCACACGCGGAGGCGGUGGCCGUGGAUACCAGUUCACCGCGUGUAGAGGCGGUGGCAACUGAGGACGAUGGUGGUGGGAAAGAGGAUGAAGACGCUGCAGUUGUAGCCUUGGGGGUCGAGGAGAGGCUGGCUCUCCUCAGAUCCCAAAUCUCCAGCAAGCUCGACUCCAUCCAGCAGACGGCUGCUGCCGUGGCUGCCAAGAGGAGGCUUUUGGCUGGACGGCGGAGGAAGGUGGCGGAGGAGGCGGCCUCCGUGGCAUCCGGGCAUAAGGAUUUGGAGAGGGAGCUGGAGGAGGCCUGCGAGGCCGAGGACUUUGAGAGGGCAGAGAGGAUCAGCGACUCCCUCGCCACGCUCGAGAAGGAGAAGGAUCGGCUGUCGACGGCGCUGCGUGGUGCUGAGCUUGACUAUGAUUCAGUGGAUUCGGAGUUGCAGGAGGUGCUUGAGUCUCGCAUUGCUGCAGAGGAGGAAGCUGCUGCCCUCAUGGAGCAAUUUGCGAAGGAUGCCACUGAACACGCUAAUUCAGCGAGCGAGCACGCACAAGAAUUAUCCUCGAAAGAAAUAGAAGAGUGGCAAACUUCAUUGGAGUUACUAGAAACAAAGAAGUUAGAAAUGGAAGUUGAAACACGGUUGGUUUUAGAAGCACGUUCUGGGUUGGAAGGGUCAAUAGAGCAUUUGGUUGAAGAAGACAAACUGGAGAAGGAUAUGCUUAGUAAAAAAGGAGAAAUCCUCACUAAGGAGUUAGCUGAGCUUCUAGAGUUGGUGAGGUUGAAAGAAGCAGAGAUAGCUGAAAACAAUGCCCGGAUCCAUGAAGUUCAAGAAAGAAUCAGUGCAGUGGUCUCCAGAUUCCAUGGUUCUCAGUCAGAUAUUGACUUGAAGCUCAGUUCCUUGAAGGAAGACCAAAGUAAAGUGGAUCUAGAGACUGAAGCACUUUUGUUGAAGAAGAAUGAAAUUGAUAAGUUCAUUACUUUAACAGAUCAAAAGGAUUCAGAGUUGAGGGACAUAAUUGGUGCUUGUUCCUCUGAAGCAAAAGCUUGUCGACAAUCAGUUGAAAUAAGAAGAAAGCUUGCAUCAUCGAUCUUGAAGUCAAGAGAGGAUAGAAUUGGGUUGCUAAAAAUGGAGGAGGAAAUUUUGCAAGUCAUUCAAAUGCAAAGGCAAAAAAUUACCGAUGCAAGAAGUACUCUUCAGGAGGUAUCUUCAAGGCGAACAAGCAUACAGCAAGAAACGGAAGCACUGAAGCAGAAGUUGAGUUUCAUUGACAAAAGAGGCCCUGAACUAGAGGCUGAAAAGAAAGUUGCUGCCGCCUCAAGAAACUUUAAGGAAGCAGGAAGGAUAGCUGCAGAGGCAAAAGCUCUUAACUCCGAAAAGGACGAGCUGUAUGGUAAGUUGGAGAAAGCCGCUACUGAUCUAGAGACAAUAGAAAAGGAUAUUGUAGCAACCACGAACAAGAUACAGGAAUGCGAAGGGCUUAUUGAACUCAAAGGAAGAGAGUCAGCGUUGACAAGUUACAGAAGACUACGGUUAGACUGUGCUGCUGCUAGAGCAGAACUGACUGCUGCAGCUGAAACAGAUGAUAACGAAGAAGCUGAGAUACUACGUAAGGAGGCUGAAGCUGCAGAGUCUAAAGCAAUGGAACUCAAAACAUGCUAUGACCUCCAGGUGGUGGAUGAUGAGUUCGUGUUUCAGCCUGUAGUCCCUAUAGCAUUCAUAACGAAUUCAACAGGGCAGCACUUGGCAGAAAUUGCGUCUUCACUUGGCCUAUCUCCUCAGAAAUGAAAUCUGGCAGUGGAUUUGUACAGUGCCAAGGUCUGUCGGUUGCACUGCGAUUCAAGUCCUGCCAGUGCCGUGCCUGCGCGUAUUGAGGGGAAGAUCUCCUUCCAGGAUGUCCUCCUCAAGGACCCCCCUUUAUCUCGCAGCAUUUGGAAAUUGGAAUCUACUCCUAAACAGAGUAAAGAUCCUAGUGAGGAUUUAAGUGUAAAGAAUGUAAUUCUUUUGUUGUGCCAGUUUUGAUUGAAUUGCAGUGACAUGCCAUCAUCAUCAACCAGUACGUAAUCAUAUUUUUGUUUUGAGAAAAAAAAGGAUGUAAUCAGAAGAAAAUGUCCAGGAAUGAAGCUUUUCAUGCAUUUGCCUCACUCUGUUGGUGACAGCUGCCAUUGGAAUAAACUGACCAGUAACAGUAACAGAGUAACUUGAACUGUGCCAUUAGAAAACUGAACGUCUCUCAUGUUUGCAGCUUCAGAGAAGUCUUGAACAUUAGGUACUUUAGCAGGAGGAAAUGCACCGAGCACAGAGGUAGCCAUGGGCCGGCCCAUGGGCCAUACGGGCCUAUUUUGCCUCCUCGUUGUGGGAGUAAGAACGGAUGCAUGCAACAGAUAAUCAGCGCUAGCUAUCCCCUCAUCGUCUUCUCUUAUCCUCACUCGCGUAGUCGCCUCCCUCCUCUUCUCUUCCGCGGCCUGGUGCAAGACCAAGAGGGAGGAGGAGGCCACGAUGGCCGGCAGCGUCAGCAACGGCAGCGGGAAGAGCCUGGCGCGCUGGCUGCGGGAGAACGGGUUCGACGACGACGCCGUGGCGCGCAUGUCCAGGCGGUGCAGGAACCUGCACAGCCUCGACGCCGGCGAGGCCCCGGGCGUGUGGGACUACCUCCUGACCGGCGUCAAGAUGGAGCGGCGGAAGCUGCGGCACGUGGUGGCCAAGUGCCCCAAGCUGCUCACCCUGUCCGUGGACGGCAAGCUCGCGCCCACGGUGCAGUGCCUCGCCACGCUGCAGGCCAGGCCCGGGGAGGUGGCGCAGGCCAUCGCCAAGUUCCCCCAGAUACUGUUCCACAGCGUCGAGGAGAAGCUCUGCCCGCUCCUCGCCUUCUUCCAGACGCUCGGCGUCUCCGAGAGGCAGCUCGCCAAGCUGCUCAUGGUCAACCCGCGCCUCAUCAGCUACAGCAUCGAGGCCAAGUUCUCGCAGACCGUCGGCUUCCUCGCCGGCCUCGGCGUCGACAGGGAAGGCAUGAUCGGCAAGAUCCUCACCAAGGAGCCGUAUAUCAUGGGGUACAGCGUCGACAAGCGGUUGCGCCCCACUGCCGAGUUCCUCAAGUCGGAAGUCGGGUUACAGGGGCCAGAUCUCCAGAGGGUGGUCAUGACCUUCCCCGAUAUACUGUCGCGAGACGUGGAUAAGAUCCUGCGGCCCAAUCUGGCGUUCCUACAGAGCCGCGGAUUCAGCAGGGAUCAGGUCACGGCACUGGUAGCUGGUUACCCUCCUGUUCUCAUCAAGAGCAUCAAACAUUGCCUGGAGCCAAGGAUCAAGUUCCUGGUCGAAGAGAUGGGGCGGGACAUGGGCGAGGUGGUAGGUUACCCCCAGUUCUUUCGCCAUGGCCUCAAGAGGAGCCUGGAGUACCGCCACAAGGUGCUUAAGCAGAUGAACUCGAGCUGCAGCCUCAGCGAGAUGCUAGACUGUAACCACAAGAAGUUUGCCAUGAAAUUCGGUUUGGUCGCAGCAGUUUAGGUACUCAACUUUUCUCUAGUCCAAUCCAAGGUAGUUUGUUUUAUUCUCAGGUGAAUCUUUCCGUUUGUACCGUCAGGUUGUGUUGUUCUUUUGAACAUUUGGGCAAUGAUAACUAAUAAUUCAAGGUCCUUUACAAGUAUCAA